ACGGCAGAUGUCAGGAUGCCCGAACAAAGCAACGACUAUAGAGUCGUCGUUUUUGGGGCCGGGGGUGUCGGCAAGAGUUCGCUGGUACUGAGAUUUGUCAAAGGGACUUUUCGAGAGUCUUAUAUACCGACUAUUGAAGAUACUUAUCGGCAGGUGAUUAGCUGUAAUAAAAAUAUAUGCACCCUUCAAAUAACGGAUACAACGGGGUCCCAUCAGUUCCCCGCAAUGCAGCGUCUUUCGAUAAGCAAAGGUCACGCUUUCAUCCUGGUAUAUUCAGUUUGCUCACGACAGAGUCUCGAGGAGCUUAGACCAAUAUGGGCAGUGAUACGUGAAUUAAAAGGCCAGGAUAUCUCGCAAAUACCGAUAAUGCUGGUCGGCAACAAGUGUGAUGAGGAAACGUUGCGAGAAGUAGCAACGAGUGAGGGUAAAGCUGAGGCAGACAGCUGGGGAUGUGGCUUCCUCGAGACAUCGGCAAAGACAAAUCACAAUGUUAAUGAACUCUUUCGAGAUUUGUUGACACUCGAGAAGAAUCGUGCGGUAUCACUGCAACCGGUUUCAAGCAACAGUGCGAUAAGCCUUAAGGAGAAAUGUGCCGUUAUGUAA